GGAGGUCUUUAGAGUCCCAGCACCAUGGUUUUAGGUGUCCUGACCACUAUAAAAGCCAUAUUGCUCGACUAUUCUGUGACAUACAGCUGCCCAGGUACCAGCAAGGAGCCAAACCUACAGAACCUCCUCCAGAAAGCAUGAAUCUUUGCGUUUGUCUCCCUCUGCUGGCUGUGCUCCUGCAACCUGCUCUGAGUGUCUACAACUGUUCAUCUCAGUAUGAGAGGACCCCCGAUGACUCAGACAUGAUAGUUGACUGUGGCACCAGCAUUAUUACCCUGGAGAUCAACUACUGCACGGCUCAGUGGGCAGGUUUCAACGCCACAGAACUGGCACUGAAUGGGAACCACGAUAAUUCAGACUGCCAGGGCUCCAUCGACACCAGUGUGAAUCCUCCAAUCAUCCGUUACCAGCUUCCUGUUAACCACAGUCAGGAUAAUCCCUGUCGCCAGUCUCUGCAGAUCGUGGAUGAAGCCCCGGAUCCCACAGGCCCCUUCAGCAGCUUCUCCAGUAUCCAGUCGGUUAUCAUCACAGGAUACAUCGACACACCCAGAUCUGACGAGGGGGUGAUCAGCUAUGCCACAGAUCUCUAUUAUCACUUCUCGUGCCGCUACCCACUGGAAUACCUGCUCAACAACACCCAGAUUGUAGCCUCUUCAGUGUCGGUAGCGACCAGUGAAAAUAAUGGAUCUUUCAUUGAUACACUGAAAAUGAGUGUUUUUAACGACUCUGAUUAUGGCUAUCCAUUACUCGUACCUUCAGCUGGACUUGAGCUACGAACCAGGAUCUAUGUGGAGGUCAAGGCCAUUAACCUCACAGGAAACUUCAAUAUACUGCUGGAUCACUGCUUUGGGACUCCCAGUCCUUACAACAUGUCACAGCGUGAGAAUCACAACUUCUUCACUGGCUGUGUGGUAGAUGGCAGAACGACUGUGACAAGUAACGGACUUUCCAAGGUUGCCCGGUUUAACUUUGAGGCCUUCCGCUUUGUUGAGCACCGAGACAAGGCAAAGUCCAGCAUCUAUCUGCACUGCAUAAUGAGACUCUGUGAGCCCAGCAAAUGUGCAGAGCUGCUGUCUGCUUGUUCUUCUAGAAGAAGAAGAUCAUUGACUCCCUUUGGAGAAAAAAGCGGUGACUCAGCCACCGUCUCAGUUGGACCUCUUUACACUGCUCAAGAAGGCACACCAUUUGCAGCUCCCUACAGUAAUGACAUGGAAGCAGAGUCGGAUGACCAUGACGUGACAGGACUGGUGGUCGGUGUGGUGUUUGGAUCAGCCGCUGCUGUUUUGCUGGUUCUUGGUGGCUGGUUUGUCCUGAAGAAGUUUUAUUGGGUGGGAGGAUUAUCUCGUGCUUUUGACUGACAGACCAACUACAAAAUGUAACUGCAGGUAUAUAUGUAACAUGAAAUGAUAAGGUGGUGAUGUCAAGGUUUUUCUGUAAUGACAAAAUGUUCUCGUCAAAACUUUGUGUAACUUUUUCUGUCUAUGCUUAUUGCAUUUAGAAGUCGGAUAUGAAGUAACAGCCAAACCUGAUCUCAGAGAAUGAAAUACUAACUAUGUAAGCAAUUAAAGAAUAGAGCCAUUUUUGUAUUUUAUGGAAGUGCAACUUUGCUUUGAUGAUACUUGUGAAUCUGCCUGCUAUAUGCUUUUUUCUACAAUGUUAUAAAUAUUUUGUACAAAAUUUUAAUUAAACCACUGUUGUGAAAAUUUGAA